AUGUACUGCUUUUCAACGCUACUCGUAUUACUAGCCACGGGCUCGCAGGCUGUGGAUAGUUACAACAACCUCCACAACCAUGAGCAUGCCAAGAAGCUGGGAAAGAAGGUCCAUGGCAAAGAGGUAUCGCACUUGUUCCGCCGCGACGGGACCUGUUCAUUCCCGGACCACGACGGGAUGGUGGCAGUGCAGUCAGGCGGCCAAAACGGCGGAUGGGCAAUGAGCUCGGAUGAGUCUUGUAAGUACGGAAGCUGGUGUCCUUAUGCGUGUAGCCCGGGCCAGCUAGCCGGCCAGUGGGAUCCAGAGGCGAAAUCUUACUCGUAUCCGCAGUCGCAAUAUGGAGGGCUGUACUGCGAUGAGAGCGGAAACUUGCAGAAACCUAUUUCCCAAAACGACUACUGCUACGAUGGGAAGGGCACUGUUUCGGCCAAGAACAGCGCGGGGUCCGGGGUGGCCUUCUGCCAGACUGUUUUGCCCGGGAACGAGGAGAUGCUAAUCCCCACGCUCGUCGACAGCGGAUCGGAGGAGACUUUGGCGGUUCCAGGCACCGACUACUGGUGUCAGACAGCUGCCCAUUUCUACAUCAACUCGCCAGGAACGAGUGUGUCCGACGGUUGCAAAUGGGGGUCCUCUUCCAAGGCAGCAGGAAACUGGGCGCCGUACGUGGCUGGGGCCAACAUGGACGACUCCAAAAACACCUACGUCAAGAUUGGCUGGAACCCCGUGUAUUUGGAAGACUCCUGUCCUUUCAAGAACACCAUGCCUUCGUAUGGAGUAAAAGUCACCUGUGAUGAUGAGUCCCAAUGCAGCGGAUUGCCCUGUGAGAUCAAUCCUUCGAAGAACGGUGUUAACGAGGUAUCGGGCGAUGGUUCCAGUGGGGCCGGUGGAGGAGAUUUCUGCGUUGUAACCGUGCGUAAUGGCGCUAAGGCCAAGAUCGAAGUCUUCGAGAGUUCUUCCAAAUCCAAGCGGGACGACUCGCACCAUGCUCAUGACAAAAGAGACGCGGCACCAACGGUCACACGAACAGUUACUGUCUUGUGA